ACGAUAUAAUGCGAGACCCUCAAUGAUUUCUGUCAGCAUUCGAAUCUGGAAGCACCCGUUGAUAAGAUAAAAUGAAGUUCGUCAUCCUACUGGUCCUGUCCGUGGUCAUUUGCAGUGUUGCCACUGAAAGAACCAUCAAGAGAGAGGAAGAUGUGACCCAGGAAGAGUCCGAAGAGGUCGCCAAGAGAUUGUUUUUCAAGAAUUUCGUGAAGAGCCACUGGAAGGAAGCAGCCAAGGCUGGUCUUAAAUUGGCUAGUAAAGCCCUUGAAAAGAGAGGCGAGGAUGUGACAAAGGAAGAGUCCGAAGAGGUCGCCAAGAGAUUGUUUUUCAAGAAUUUCGUGAAGAGCCACUGGAAGGAAGCAGCCAAGGCUGGUCUUAAAUUGGCUAGUAAAGCCCUUGAAAAGAGAGGCGAGGAUGUGACAAAGGAAGAGUCCGAAGAGGUCGCCAAGAGAUUGUUUUUCAAGAAUUUCGUGAAGAGCCACUGGAAGGAAGCAGCCAAGGCUGGUCUUAAACUGGCUAGUAAAGCCCUUGAAAAGAGAGGCGAGGAUGUGACAAAGGAAGAGUCCGAAGAGGUCGCCAAGAGGUUGUUUUUCAAGAAUUUCGUGAAGAGCCACUGGAAGGAAGCAGCCAAGGCUGGUCUUAAAUUGGCUAGUAAAGCCCUUGAAAAGAGAGGCGAGGAUGUGACCAAGGAAGAGUCCGAAGAGGUCGCCAAGAGGUUGUUUUUCAAGAACUUCGUGAAGAGCCACUGGAAGGAAGCAGCCAAGGCUGGUCUUAAAUUGGCUAGUAAAGCCCUUGAAAAGAGAGGCGAGGAUGUGACCAAGGAAGAGUCCGAAGAGGUCGCCAAGAGGUUGUUUUUCAAGAACUUCGUGAAGAGCCACUGGAAGGAAGCAGCCAAGGCUGGUCUUAAACUGGCUAGUAAAGCCCUUGAAAAGAGAGGCGAGGAUGUGACCAAGAAUUAGAAGGUUAUUGUAAAGGAAAGUAGAAUGGCAGGUGUCAUAUGAAAAAGAUGCGAGUAGGUACUUCCCGUAUUCCUAUGUAAUGGCUAGUCUUCAUUCCAUCUGAAGAUUGAAAUAAAAUCAUCACUGCUUUGA